AUGGGUGUUAGUGGAUUGUUACCCCUACUGAAGUCUAUACACAAACACACCUCGCUCAAAGCAUAUGCUGGACAGACUUUAGGAGUCGAUGCUUUCGGAUGGCUGCAUCGAGGUGCUGUCGCUUGCGCCCUGCAGCUUGCACUGGACAAGCCCACUACACAAUAUGUGAGCUUCGUUGUCAACAGAGUUCGUAUGCUCCUCGAUUUCGGCAUUACUCCAUACCUGGUUUUCGAUGGUGACUCUCUACCGAGUAAGGGCGGCACCAACGCGAAGAGGAGGAAAGAACGUCAAGCGGCGAAAGAGUUGGGUAUGUCUUUGUAUCAUUCGGGCAAACACGAUCAAGCCUGCCAGGAGCUACAAAAAGCCGUCACAGUCACACCGCAGAUGACCUUCGCCCUGAUCGAGGAGCUUCGUCGCAUGAACGUCCAGAUUCUGGUCGCGCCUUAUGAGGCAGACGCGCAACUGACCUACCUGGAAAGGGAAGGUAUCAUUGACGGGAUACUCUCAGAAGACUCGGACCUCCUUGUCUUUGGGGCAAGGAAGUUGAUUACAAAAUUGGAUCAGUAUGGUGCAUGCAUUGAGAUAAAUCGGUCGGAUUUUAUCCUCAACCGCGAUAUCAGUUUCGCGGGCUGGUCCGACACCAUGUUUAGACGAAUGGCAAUCUUAAGUGGUUGCGAUUACCUACCGAGCGUGAGUGGGAUUGGUCUCAGAAAGGGCCACGAACUUGUCAAGAAACACAAAGACCUUGCUAGAAUUGUCAGAGCAAUGGCAUUGAAUGGAAAAUACGUGGUUCCACAGGACUAUCUGUCAAGCUUCCAGGAUGCUGAACGUGCCUUUCUGUACCACAGAGUAUUCUGUCCUAAGUUCGGCAGGGUGGUAACUCUCAACCACUUACCACCUGACCUUAAGGAAGAGGAAAUGCCAUACAUCGGGACUUCUGUAGAGCCCGAAAUUGCUGUUGGGGUUGCAUGUGGCGACCUCAACCCGAAGACAAAGGAACCAUUUGUCUCGGGCGUGAAAGACCUCAAGAACUUCACAUCACGCGCAGUACUACAAGAGAGCAGAAGGCGAACCUACGAGGGGUCGCCAGGAUUAAAGCCAAAGAGAUCGAUCGAUAGUUUCUUUCCGCCAUCCAGGAGACCUCUGGCUGAGCUGGAUCCUAACAGCCUGACCCCGUCUCCAUCACAGCAAAGGGUACUGGAGAGAAAUCGCAACGCCACAUGGGAACCACGAUAUGCGAGUUCGGCUCCUCCUCUUCGAAGGACUAUCACCGACUUGCCUCCCUCAAGCUCAACACCAGUCCCAGCUCGUGUCAACAAAUCGUCUUUUCUUGCCAAAGCUGGAGCUCCCUCUACUUACAAACCUGCCAAGCGGCAAAGAUUGUGCUCAGAAUCGGACGAUGUCUCCCCCUGUAAGGAAAUUAAGCAAAGUCGAUAUUUCGCUUCCAGCACAAACGAGCACAGUCCAUUAAUUAGCAAGAAGACGAGAGACAAAAGGGCUCAAAAGCCAAUGUUCGAUGUGUUUUCCGACGAUUCAGUCGAAAACAUCUUUGCUGCGAUGGAACAGCAAGUCUUGCAACCACCUAAGGUAACAGUGGACUACCCAGAAUUGCCGAAGCUGCCUGUCGAUGAAGGUGUGGCCCUCAUUGGUCGAGAGGAGGAAGAAGAGGAGGAAAUAAUUCCGCAAUCUUCACCUGCGAAGCCUCAGGACUCACAAUUCGACUCCCAGUCAAGUCAUGGAACGGUAGAGCUUCAGGCAAUGGAACUUCAAUCACAGAGUGACAGCCAGACAAGUGAGGAGAUUAUGAUCAGCAAAGACGAACAGCCCAAAGCUUUUGAGAAGCUUCUCGAGCAAAAUCUAAAGCAGUUACGUACAGCCUCGAGCUCACGAAGAAUGAGUCGUACAUUUUCCGGACAGUCUCCAUUGAUGCAGUCUUCCGUACUGGCGACGCUGAGUCCUUCGCUUGUACCUCCACCAACUCGUACACAUCUCGAGCUCGAAGGUGAACUCGAGACGGAAGACCUUCAACAUGGGUCAGUGACCACUUUCAAGUCCCUAGCCAGGACUUUUGUAUGUCAAUCGCCAGAGAGGCAGCAUAAAGCGCUCCAAACGUUAUGUGCUUUACCACCAAUAUCGAACAUGGCCUACUCACUUUCAACGACUGCUGUUGAAGGCAGUGAAGAUGCAAUACCUUUUAGCAGUCAGGACGAAAUCUCUGAGGUCGAGGAGAGGCCCGUAAGCAGUCUGAACUUGAAGAAAUUUCAAUUUCUGGCUUCAUAG